AUGAACUCUGUGCUUGCGCGUCCCUCGCUCUCCGAAGGGCUCAGCAACAGAUCCCCCGCCAUCCGGGUUCCUGAUCAUCCUCAUCUCCGCCCACCCCCGUCGCGCAACGGUCAUGCUAAUUUUGAUACCUUCUCCCCCGUCAACGAGAACGGGAGCUUCGAAUUUGACCGCGUUCUCAAGUCCGGCCGUGUUUCCCGCCGCGUCAAACACAAGCAUGUCUUCCGCGCUUCCUGGAAACCCGCCUACCUCGUUCUCCGUCCAAACCUGCUGUCCGUCUACAAGGAUGAAGAAAACACCCGGCUCCGCAUCUCAAUCAACCUCUCCGAUGUGACGGCUGUCGCAGCGGUCAAAUCUCCCCGCUCGCACCGUCAACAUGUCUUCGGAGUCUUCACCCCCUCUACAAACUACCGCUUCGAGGUCCUCUCCGAACGUGACGCCGAUGACUGGAUUCUCCGCAUCCGCAACCAAACCCCCGCGGACGAGGACGAGGCUGCCGUAGCCGCACUCUCCAAAAAAAGGGAUACCCCCGCCAUUCAGAAACAGCUCGUUGAGGACACGACCGACCACUCGGACUUCGAUGUCGCCGGUCGCCCCAGUUCCCCCGAGGGCCGCACCCUGUCUCCCGGCGCUCGCUCCUCCCGCAAACCCCCUUACACCCAGGACUACUCCGGCAACGACGUCACCUCCUACUCCGAGCUUUCAGAUGGGCCCCCACCAACACGAAACAGCCGCCUGCGCUCAAUGCCUUCCAUUCACACCCUCUCCAUCUCGGCGCCAGACGACAGGCUUUUAUCCACAUCCCUGCCGCGAGAUGCAGGCCGUCAAGCGGAUCUAGGCAUCCUGCGUGAUCCCGAGCGAGUCAUCUGCCAGGGGUAUCUGCAGGGGCUGCGCAUCAAGGGAGCUAUGCGCCAAUGGAAGCGGCUUUGGGUGGUACUGCGGCCGAAGAACCUCGCCUUCUACAAGGAUGAGCAGGAGUACUCCGCUGUCAAGAUCAUUUCCAUGUCGCAUAUCAUCGAUGCAGCUGAGAUCGAUCCCUUGUCUCGAUCCAAGAAUUUUUGUUUGCAGAUCAUCGCGGAGGAAAAGAGUUAUCGUCUCUGUGCACCGGAUGAAGAGUCGUUGGCACGCUGGCUCGGCUCUUUGAAGAGUAUUCUUGCUGCUCGCAAAAAACUUGAGACAACUAACGCCGCGGCUUGA